GUCGGGCCGGCAGGCUUCCGCUCCGCCCCUGGGCCGCAGCCACUCACCGCGGCGGGAGGGGCGGGGUGGCCGGGGCCCGCGCUCCCCUCGGCCGCUGCUCGUGGCCCGCCCCGCCGCCCCGGCCCCUCGGAUGACAGUAUAUAUUCCAGGCGGGAGCGGGACGCGGGCGAGUAGCCGAGCCGAAGGAGCCGCGGGAUUAUCGAGGGAGCUCUACCUACUCUGUUUUUACAAAGCUUCACAACCAGAGCACUAUGAAUGUCAAUGACCUCAAACAAAGGCUGUCCCAAGCUGGGCAAGAGCACCUGCUGCAGUUCUGGAACGAGCUAUCAGAAGCCCAGCAGGUAGAACUUUAUAUGGAGCUCCAGGCCAUGAACUUUGAAGAGCUGAACUCGUUUUUCCAGAAGGCCAUUGGCGAAUUUGAUCGAUCCUCUCACCAAGAAAAGGUGGAUACACGAAUGGAGCCUGUGCCCCGACAGGUUUUGGGCAGUGCUACCAGAGAUCAAGAGCAGUUGCAGGCCUGGGAAAGUGAAGGACUUUCUCAGAUUUCUCAGAACAAAGUAGCAGUUCUUCUUCUAGCUGGUGGGCAGGGGACAAGACUUGGAGUCUCAUAUCCCAAGGGCAUGUAUGAUGUCGGCUUGCCAUCCCACAAGACACUUUUUCAGAUUCAAGCAGAACGUAUUCUGAAGCUCCAGCAGUUAGCUGAAAAACACUAUGGCAACAAGUGCACCAUCCCUUGGUAUAUAAUGACCAGCGGCAGAACAAUGGAAUCAACGAAGGAGUUCUUCACAAAGCACAAGUUCUUUGGUUUAAAAAAGGAGAACGUGGUAUUUUUCCAGCAGGGAAUGCUGCCUGCUAUGAGUUUUGAUGGGAAAAUUAUCUUGGAAGAGAAAAACAAAGUUUCUAUGGCUCCAGAUGGGAAUGGUGGUCUCUACCGAGCUCUUGCAGCCCAAAACAUUGUGGAGGACAUGGAGCAAAGAGGCAUCUGGAGUAUUCAUGUCUAUUGUGUGGACAACAUAUUGGUAAAAGUGGCAGACCCGCGGUUCAUUGGAUUCUGCAUUCAGAAAGGAGCAGACUGUGGGGCAAAGGUGGUAGAGAAAACGAAUCCCACAGAGCCCGUUGGAGUGGUUUGCCGGGUGGGUGGAGUAUACCAGGUGGUGGAGUACAGCGAGAUCUCUCUGGCAACAGCUCAAAAGCGAGGCUCCGACGGACGGCUGCUGUUCAACGCAGGGAACAUUGCCAAUCACUUCUUCACUGUCCCGUUCCUGAAAGAUGUUGUCAAUGUUUAUGAACCUCAGUUGCAGCACCAUGUGGCUCAAAAGAAGAUUCCAUAUGUGGACUCCCAGGGGCACUUCAUUAAGCCAGACAAGCCAAAUGGAAUAAAGAUGGAAAAAUUUGUCUUUGACAUCUUCCAGUUUGCAAAGAAGUUUGUGGUGUAUGAAGUAUUACGGGAAGACGAGUUUUCUCCGCUUAAGAAUGCAGACAGUCAGAACGGGAAGGACAACCCGACCACCGCAAGGCAUGCUUUGAUGUCCCUUCACCACUGCUGGGUCCUCAAUGCUGGGGGACACUUCAUAGAUGAGAAUGGCUCUCGCCUCCCAGCCAUCCCCCGCUUGAAAGAUGCCAAUGAUGUACCAAUCCAGUGUGAAAUCUCUCCCCUCAUCUCUUAUGCUGGAGAAGGCCUUGAAGGUUAUGUGGCAGAUAAAGAGUUCCAUGCACCGUUAAUCAUCGAUGAGAAUGGAGUUCAUGAGCUGGUGAAAAAUGGCAUAUAAAUCCUAAAGGGCCACAUACGGAGCCGUUGUUUUGGUAGACCAACUGUGAACCUGCGGGACCUGUCCUGGACAGCUAAAGUUUGGACAUCAUAGAGUCUCAUUCGCUUGCUAGGAUCUGAUAAGCAACAGACUUCCCAGAUCUGGAUGACUGGGUUUCAGUUUUAAAAGCAUUUUGUUUGUUUGUUUGUUUGUUUGUUUGUUUGUGAUUCUCGACUCACUGAAGGUCUUAUUUAUAUUUUUUAACUAUAUAAGUUCUUCCAAGCCAAGGCUUACAUUGGCCACCCAGGAAACUUCAUCAGCUUGACUCUGGUUGGAUGUUCAGCAUGACUUCACUUGAAGCUGGAAGCAUUUGUUUUUGAAGUUGUACAUAUUGAUAAGCCAUCAUACAUGUCAGAAGGUUUCUAUGGUACUAAAAUUUUGUUUUAUUUUAUCAAGCAUUAAAGUUUUUAAAGAAAAUAACUGGACAGCAAAAUAAAAUUAUCUUCUGAUCUCUGCCUUGUUUCUACCUUAAGAAAAUUCUAUUGGCAAAAUGCAAAACUUGAGAGAUGUUUUGAGAUAAUGCAUAAAAACAAGUGCAUGUAGUCGCGGCUUUCUUUAACAGGCAGCCAGUGUUGGACUUUGUCUUCUGUCACUCUGUCUUCUUUGUAUUCUAUCAAACAUGUUUGCUAGAUGCAAAGGGCACUUGGCUCAGUUGUAGACAUUUUUGGUACCUGGCUGGGCAGUUGGGGUGGUACUAAUAUUGUAAAGCAGAUCUAUACCAAAUGUAUGGAGUAACCUCCUACAGCAAGGAGUGGCCAGCCAGUGUCCCAGGAUUUAUGGUUGAGAAACAUGCUUAAAUCAGUUAUUUACCUAUUGUCCCUACAUAUCUUGUAGCACUUAAAACUUAAUCACUGCAAUUCUGAUUUUUUUUUUUUUAAAUUAUAAGAUUGAAAAAGCGGCAAAUGUGAAUCUUCAAUAUGUACCAGAAGUCAUUAUUGUUGAUAAACCAUUUAUCUAAAAAUUCACUUUGCAUGGAAAUACUGAGCAUUAUGGACAAAUUUAAAUAAUAUACUAUGUCCCCCUAACAUCUGGAUAAAUGCAAGAGUAUAGAAAUUAUAUUUAGAGACUAGCACAUUUUAUUUUCCAUUAAUAAGCUACUGUAAGACAGACCAAGUGUGAGUCUUUAAAUGUCACUUUUUACAGAGCUUAUAUGUUGAUCUUUGGUUUUUGUUUGUUUGUUUUGUUUUUGUACUAAGGCCUACCUAAUACAUCAUGCAUAUCUUCUAUUUCAGCAGCCCAAUUUUGCUGUUAUCUAUUCAAGAGAUCUAUGGGACUUGAGCUCUCUUUGGAAUGAAUUCCAAGUGGAUUGAGUUUCUAGCACCUGAGUGUGGGAUCCAUUGUCAUUUUUUCCCAGAACAUUUACUUGUUAUUUAUCUGUCUGUGUCUUUAGUUGAUUUGACAUCCCAGGGAAGAGGAGGCAUGGGACCUGGGAUGAUGGUAUGUUUAUUGGAGAGGAAUAGCAAAGGGGAUCGGAAGGAAGGAAGGAGCUCCCCCAGGUGCCAUGACAGUGUGAGGAGAAGCAUGUAUACCAUAGGCAGUUCUUAAGUCCUGCCUCAACUUUAUCCAAACACAGAACUGAAUAGUGUUUCUAAAAGAGGAACUGAAAUCAUUUGGCAACAGCGGAGAUUUUAUGAGAGAAUUAAUAGAGUCCACUCAGAUCACACUAUGAGUAUUUUAUUGGCAGCAACAGUGUAUGUGCAGGCCCUCAGGUGUGUUCCAUUGCUUCCACUGGAAGAUGAACAAAAGACGUCAUUGAACAAAAGAUGACCUGUCAAUCCCGACCUCCAUCUCCAGCUUUGGAGGCUUUU